CCUAUCCCACUGAGUAUCCGAGCCUCAACAAGUAUUUACAACAACAACAAAAUAUGUCUGGACUUAUCUCAGAAGAAGCUUUGUCAAGAAAAAGGAAUGAGGUUGAAAGAAACAGAGAGAAAGCCAGGUUACUAAGGGCAGAAGCUGAAGCUAAAAAAGAACAAGCAGCUGAUCUUCAAAGGGAGGAGGAGAGACUAGGUGAGGAAGCGGAUAAUUUGGACAGGGAGAGAUAUAAUAAAGAGUGGCAGCAACCAAUGUUGGAGAAAAGAAUUGCAGACAAUGAACGACGAUAUGAAGAUUUUAAAAAGGAAAAGACCGAUACAGAGAGAAUUGUUGAAAUGUACAGAAAUUCUAUCGCUAGUCGGGAAAAUGAAGUGACCUCACUUAGAAGCCAUGCUGACCAAAAAAAGACAGAAGCUGAAAGGCUAAGGGGGGAGGCUGGUCAGAGUUGUGUUUUGGGAAUUGAUCAUAGAUCACAUGGAAACCUGGCUCAAGCUAAUCCGAUCCUGAGACAGGUUGAACAGCUGUUAAACGAAGCAGAAGAACUUAAUAACCAAGCAAACGAGCAUCUCAGGAAAAGAUUCUUCAGAUUUUAA